AUGGUGAUGGGAGGGGACACGGACCACACGACUGCUGUGCAGCACAUUAGGGCGGCAGUCAUGCAGGUCGCAUCUGCUGAGCAGUGGGAGGGCCCAGGUAGCACGCUUGAGGCUGGCCCCGCGGCCCAGGGGGAGGAUGGGGGGGCGGCCAAGCCGUCCUUCAUGUCAUCCUUCAAACGGUUAGUGCAAGUUCAUUGUCCGGAGAUCUGCUUCAUCAGCGAGACCCGGCUAUCUGGUGAGGGGCUUGUACGUUUGAGACGGCGCUUGGGGAGGGACUGGGAGUCAUACGCAGUCGAUUCCCGAGGGCUGUCGGGAGGUAUCCUGCUACUGUGGAGGCGAGGGGUGGCGACCUUUGAUGUCUUCCACAACUGCCCCCAACAGGUAGUUAUGGUUGCUUCGGCACCGGAUGUUGCGCCAUGGGUUUUGUGUGGGGUGUAUGCGAGCACGGAUUAUAGGGUCAGGAGAGUCCUUUGGCAGGAGAUCGCCAGCCUUACCGCCCAGGGUGUCCCGACAGUUGUAGUUGGCGACUUUAAUUGCAUAUUGAGUUCGAGCGACAAGAGGGGUGGGGCAGCCUUUAUGGAUAGAGCGGACAGAAGGGAGUUUCGCGAUUUUGUGUCGCGUACUGGCCUGGUGGACUAUGGGUUCUCUGGACCUCAGUUUACUUGGUGCAAUAAUCAGCUCGGCAGUGCUAGGGUUUGGGAGCGUCUAGAUAGGGCCUUUGCAUCCCCGGACUGGAUCCUCUGUUUUCCUACAUGCAGGGUUAGUCACCUACCUCGGAUCGCCUCAGACCAUUGCCCCCUGCUGAUUUCCACAUCAUCGGGACCUAGUCAUCAUAGCCCCUUCUGUUUUGAGAAGGUUUGGCUAUCAUACCCCCAGUCUUGGGACAUUGUCCGUGAGGCAUGGCGCAUCCCGGUGCGUGGAGAUGCUAUGCACCGGGUGUCGCGCAAACUAGAACUGGCCAAGAGGCGCCUUCGGCGGUGGAACCGUGAGACUGUGGGUGACAUCUUCCGGAGAGUAGAGGGGGUAGAGACUGCGAUCUCUGAGUUGCAGCGGAAAGAAGAUCUAGAAGGUGAGCUCUCGGUGGAUGAUAUGGGUGAUCUCCGAGGGCUUCUAGCGACCCACCACUCACUACUACGGCAGCACGAGAUCUUCUGGCGACAGAAAUCUCGGGUUCAAUGGACGGCGGAUGAGGAGUCCGGCGACAGAGACCAUCCCUUGAGGGUGGAUGCGAGAAUCGAGGAUAUUGAGAACGCAGCCCUGGUCCGACCAGUGUCCGCACAGGAGGUUCAGGAGGCAGUCUGGGCUUUGGCUCCAGACAAGGCUCCGGGUCCGGACGGGUUCCCCCCGUUCUUUUUCCGACAGUAUUGGGGUAUCAUUCGGACAGCAGUGGUAGAGGCUAUUCAGUGCUUCUUCUCUCAGGAGAGGAUGCCGGAUGACUGGAAGGCUACCUUCAUCACACUCAUUCUGAAGCGUCAGGGGGCGGCGGAGCCUGGCCAUUUCAGACCCAUUAGUUUGUGCACAACCUUGUAUAAGGUUGUGGCCAGAAUAAUGGUCCGUAGGAUGAAGCCCUUACUGCCUGGCAUUAUCAGUCAGGAGCAGGGGGCUUUUAUAGCCGGCAGAAACAUCUCCCAUAAUGUUCUGUUGGCCCAGGAGAUGAUGUGGGAUCUGCAGCGAGCAUCGAAGCGACGUAGCUUGAUGGCUAUUAAGCUGGAUAUGGAGAGAGCUUACGACAGGAUCAGCUGGAGAUUUCUUCAGCAGGCACUCGAGGUGUACGGCUUCCACAGACAGUGGAUCGGUUGGAUCAUGGGGUGUGUCAGGGGUCCAAGGUUUUCUAUCUUGGUCAACGGCACACCUUCCCCUUUCUUCGAGUCCACCAUGGGGCUGCGUCAGGAAUGUCCUCUAUCACCUUAUUUGUUUAUUCUUUGUGCUGACAUUUUGUCUCGUGAUUUGCAGAGGGUGUGUGCCCGCAGAGAGCUCGAGGCCUAUGUUCCCGCCACGGGGGCUAGUCCUCUUUCCCACUUACUUUUCGCUGAUGAUUGCCUUCUUUUGGCCAGGGCGCGGGUUUCUGAUGCACGGGUCCUUCGGAGGGUAGUGGCGGACUAUUGCGCGGCGUCAGGUCAGAGAGUUAACUUCCACAAGUCAGUAGUUCACUUCAGCCCGAGUACGGAGAGCAGGGUCAGACAGGAGAUCCGAGGGAUUCUACAGAUACCUCAGCAGGAGGAGACAUUGACCUACCUGGGAGUUCCUAUCACAGGUCGCAGACUGCGGGUGGCAGAGUGCUCCUACCUGGUGCAGCGGGUGGAGUGCAGGUUGGAGGGAUGGAGAGCGGCCUCCCUGUCUAUGAUGGGAAGACUGACUUUGAUCAGAUCAGUGUUGGGGUCCAUGCCAGUAUACCUCAUGGCCAACACCGUGGUUCCGAAGUCGACCCUGCUGAGGGUCGAGCGACUGCUGCGAUGUUUCCUGUGGGGGUCAUACGGCGGAGGCCACGGGGUGCACUUGGUGGCCUGGGAGCAUGUCUGUCGGCCUACCAGUGAGGGCGGCCUCGGGGUGCAGUCCCUACUGGAGCGGCGCGAGCUUUUCAUUGCUCGGCAUGCAGCUCGGUUUUUGUUAGAGCCACACGGGCUGUGGAGUCAGGUGAUGGCGGCCAGAUAUGGCCGUGGGGGCUCAGAGGCGGCACGGAGAGCGCGACGAGUCUCCUUCAUGUGGCGUGAGAUUGGGAGGUAUUUGCCGACGGUGUCAGCAAAUACCAGGUGGCUGAUUGGCGAUGGGCGGAGUAUUGAUGUGACUGCGGACCCAUGGGUGGAUACUGUUCCACUGAGGUGUUGGCCGACCAUGAUUGAUGCCGAGGCAGUGGAGGGGUUGCGGGUCUUCGAUCUUCUUGCCCCAGGAGAGUCAGCAUGGGAUGACGCUAGGUUAUGUCAGCUGUUCGGAGGAUACCUAGCUGAGAGGAUCCGGUCCCUUCCGGUGCCAGGUUGCGGGGGGCCUGAUGUCAGGGUUUGGGGCACCUCUUGCCGGUCCAGGGUCAGUCUGAGAGAUCUCGCCGAUGUUAUCCUGCAGGAGCAUGAGCCGGGGCAGGACUACACUUGGAUCUGGAGGUCUGGGCUCCACCCGAGGGCGGCACUUUUCUUAUGGAAGGUGGCAUGGGAUCGCCUCCCGACGAGAGCAGUGCUGAGCAGGCGAGGUUGGGGGAUCCCUGCGGAGUGCGGGACAUGUAGUGUUGAGGAGUCGAUCGACCACGUGCUCUUCCAGUGUACGUGGGCGAGGUCGGCAUGGCUGUGGGCAGGGUUCCCGCAGGAGGUUUGGCGUGGGAGGCCUCAGUUUGUACAGAUGAUGCAGCAGUGGCUGGCCCGGCCCCGGACAAGUCAGGAGGCUAUUCGAGCGACCUGCACAGCACAUCAGAUCUGGCUGGCGAGGAACGCCCGCACCUUCGGUGAGCGCAGGGUGUCACCGAGGUUCGUUGCGGAGUUCGCGCGAGUCCAGGCAUUGGAGAUCAAACUUUCUUCAGAUGGACCUCUGAUAGCUCGGGUCACCUGGGGUUCCCUCUCUGCUCCGGCAGCUCCUCAGCAGGUUGUUGAAGGGAUUGUUUCGGUGUUUUUGGAUGUUGUUAAGACUGUGCACCACUUGAAUUGGAUUAUCAUCAAUUGCACUUUGCAAGUCAAUAGAUUAGAUGUCUUGAGGAUUAUUUUAAAUGAAAACAGUAUUCAUGAUUAG